AUGAUGGCCAUGAACGCCAAGCAGCCGUUCGGCAUGCACCCGGGGCUGCCGGAGCCCAAGUUCUCCAGCCUGCACUCGGGCCCGGAGGCCAUGCGCCGCGUCUGCCUGCCGGCCCCGCAGCUGCAGGGCAAUAUAUUCGGGAGCUUCGAUGAGAGCCUGCUGGCGCGCGCCGAGGCCCUGGCGGCGGUGGACAUCGUCGCUCACGGCAAGAGCCACCCCUUCAAGCCCGACGCCACCUACCAUACGAUGAGCAGCGUGCCCUGCACGUCCGCCUCGUCCACCGUGCCCAUCUCGCACCCGGCCGCGCUGCCCGCGCACCCGCACCACCCCGCCGCCGCCGCCGCCGCCGCCGCCGCGCACCCGGGCCUGGAGGGCGAGCUGCUGGAGCACCUGUCCCCCGCGCUGAGCGUGAGCGUGAGCGGCCUGGGCGCGCCCGAGCACGCGGGCAUGCCCGCCCCGCUGCACCCGCACCACCUGGGCGCCAUGGGCCACCUGCACCCGGCCAUGGGCAUGGGCCACCCGCACGCCGCCGCCGUGGCCCCGCCGCACGGCGCGCUGCCCGCCUGCCUGGGCGACGUGGAGUCCGACCCCCGCGAGCUCGAGGCCUUCGCCGAGCGCUUCAAGCAGCGCCGCAUCAAGCUCGGCGUGACCCAGGCCGACGUGGGCGCCGCCCUGGCCAACCUCAAGAUCCCCGGCGUGGGCUCGCUCAGCCAGAGCACCAUCUGCAGGUUCGAGUCCCUCACGCUGUCGCACAACAACAUGAUCGCGCUCAAGCCCGUGCUCCAGGCCUGGCUGGAGGAGGCCGAGGCCGCCUACCGCGAGAAGAACGGCAAGCCCGAGCUCUUCCACGGCGCCGAGCGCAAGCGCAAGCGCACGUCCAUCGCCGCGCCCGAGAAGCGCUCGCUCGAGGCCUACUUCGCCAUCCAGCCGCGGCCCUCCUCCGAGAAGAUCGCCGCCAUCGCCGAGAAGCUGGACCUCAAGAAGAACGUGGUGAGGGUCUGGUUCUGCAACCAGAGACAGAAACAGAAGCGCAUGAAGUACUCGGCCGUCCAUUGA